AUGUCCUAUCAAAAAGUAUUUUGACUCUCACUAUUAAUUUCCUCCAUUAUCCGAUGAAUCUCCAAUUACCAAGAGCACAAAGAAGACUGGAAAAAUUGCCGCUUUGACCUAGGUCUUUGGGAAUGCAUCGAAUUUUCUUCCCUAACCCUUGUCCUUUUUCUAAAUAUUUCAGGCUUUCUUUUUAACCCCCGGCGCUUUCCUCGGCGCUGCCUCUACCCUUUUCUCACAAUAAUUUCUCUUAUCCAAUUCUGAAACUUCAUAUGAACUGUUAUAGGCACUUACUGGAUAGUCUAUACCAUUCAUGAGGAUGAAGCAUGCGUAAUAGUCAAUUAGAUCCCAGAAAUACAGAAACCUUACCAACUAAUAUUAGUCUUAUCAGGAGCUUAUAUGUAUUGGUCACUGAUAUCUUGCUCAGUUGGGCUUUUUGGGGUACUAAUGCUGAUUUCGGCGAAUAGAGAUAUGUUUGAGCCUGGAUUGGAAGGGAUGGAUAUUCAAAAUGUGGGGAGAAGGCCUUUGGGCGCUGAUUAGAUUAGAUUAAAUUAUAGCUGGUCUCUGGGAAUUAUUUCAGUCCCUCUCCAUUCACGGACAACUUUGCGUUGGCGCUAAUUACUAUCCUCACACACCACCUUUUUGCUAUUGACGUCGUCAAAAAAUGGUGACGCAGAAGGUCUAACAGGGGAUACAAUCCUACCGAUCGGCAUCGCCUUUCUUGGUCCCAAAAUUAGCUGAAAAGCCCCCUUGACCUCUUACAGGGCUCUAGAGUCUGGGUGAAUCCCCUUUGCCUACUGCAUGGCCUGUCAGAGCAAUAUCUCAGGUUCGAAAUUGCUCCCAUUGAUUUACGUGGGACUUUGCGUCAGUAGGGUCAUCUGCAGGUAAGGAAAAAAGACCUAGGAUCAGCCCCUAGGCCAAAAACCGACCCCGAAGAACUAUUCCCAUGUGACUCGCCUUUCCUGGGCCCGGAUUACUCACAGGUCACCAGGAUUCCACGUCAGAUCACGCCACUUUAAUAAUUAUCUUUGGGGCGCUGAAGAAAUCAAGAAAAUUAAGACGGAAAAAACAGAAGAAAAUAUGAUAUGCUCGAUUUGUCUAGAAAAUGUGGAGCCUGGGACUGAUAUUAAGGUUUUGCCUGGGUGCUUUCACAGAUUUCACAUUGAAUGUAUUGACCUCUGGCUGGCAAGAAGUGCAAUUUGUCCUUACUGUAGAAGGCCAGUGACUAUAGAAGACAUCAUGCGUGAAUAA